UUCCAUCUUCAAAAACUUCAUCAUGUCUUCCUCUAAAGCCCCAUUUCAUUCGGCAUUAGCCGUAUCAAACAUACGUAACCAUAUCCCUACUGUUCUUGAGAUGGAAAAUGUCUAUUAUUCAACUUGGGCAGAACUCUUCAAAGUCCACGCUCGCUCUCAUCGCGUUAUUGACCUCACCAUUCCUCUGACAUCUGGUAGAGCAGCACCACCCACCUCCGACGAGGAGAAAUAAUUAUGGUAAACUCUUGAUGCAACGGUCCUUCAGUGGAUUUAUUCCACCAUCUCUACCGAUCUAUUGCAUACUAUCAUUGAACCCGAUCAGAGAGCGAUGGAUGUAUGGACUCGUCUUUGUGAUCUAUUCCAAGACAAUGAACAUUCCAGAGCUGUGACCCUUGAAUAGGAAUUCUCCUCUACUCUUAUGUGUGAUUUUCCUAAUGUCUCGGCAUACUGUCAACGGCUUAAAAUAUUAGCCAAUCAACUUAAAAAUGUUGGAGCUCCGAUCAACAAUAGUUGCUUGGUGUUACAAUUGGUCGCGGGUUUAACAGAUGCCAAUAACGAUGUUGGGACAUUGAUUCGUCAAAGUAAGCCACUUCCCCCCUUUUACCAGGCUCGCUCCAUGCUCACUCUUGAGGAAGCCGACUUUGCCAAGAAGGCAGCUACUAAAACUGAUUAUGCCAUGUUCUCCAAUGCCUCCGAUGAUGCUACUUCUUAUCCCGACACAAAUCCACAAAAUCGUGGUAAUGGCAAUAAACACAACACCGAAAACAAGAACCGCAACAACAACGGGGGUGGUCGAAACUCCAACAAAGGUGGUCGCAGUGGUGUCGGCGGCCAGGGGACGAACACCGGCGGUGGCCGGUCCAGCUCGACAGCCCAGCAGCAGCCACAGAGGCCAGGGGCUCCUUGGAAACCUUGGGUGUGGUAGCCUUGGGAUAUCCCUCCCUGCCCAUUUCCUACUUCCAAUUGGGCCAGGCCCAACUGUAAUGCCCUGAAAUCCCUAAUGCGGUUUAAUGGCUGGAUUAGUAGACCGGGAUGGCCAUAACUGUUUAAUUAUGCCAUUAAAUGAAUAUAUGCAUGUUUAUGUGAAUUAUAUUAUAAUAUGAUGUUAAAUGCAUGCAUGUGGGUCCACAUUUCAUUACAAGGGUGUUUUGGUAAUUUGGCCCGUUGAGGGCAUAAUUGUAUAUUUGUAUGCAUGUCGGUGAUAUAUUGUUGAUGCCACAUUAUAAUGUAGAUUUUUUUGAGCUAUUCGGUAUGAGACGAUCUUUGAAUAUCAAGUAGCGGUUUAGUCAUAAUGGGAUUAAGUUCGAGGCUCGGGGUGAGUCUAGGGAUGAUUUAGUGAUUAGAGCGUUGCUGGGAGUAAAAUGGUAACAUGAUUUGAAUUAUUGGUACUUGAGAAUAUCGAGAAUAGCGGGAAUUGGAUGGUGUUAAUUAUGAUUAACGAAAUAGGUUGGAAAGGACGAUUUUACCCUUGAGGGCUUUUAGAAACCUUUAUUUGACCUAGGGGUAUUUUAGUCUUUUCACCCCUAGGAUUGAUAUAUGCCAUUGAAGGCUGUAGAAGUCACCCAAAACAGAGCAAGGUUUCUCUCUCACCCGUACACCAUUUUCCCUCUUUCUUCCUUCUGUUUUUUUUCAAGCCAAAUUGAAUAAUUAAGCUAGGAAAAAUCAAGGUUUGAGCUUAGGAACUUGAUUUAUUCUUUGAAGGGGAUUCAAAACCAGCUUGAGGUAGGAUUUCAUCCAAGAAUUUUAAGCUAUACUCUGUUUUUCUUUAUAGUUUUCAGCUUAUAGUUUUGAUGUGGAUAGUUGGGAAUUAAGGGAUGUUUUUGUGUAAAAUUGAUUGGGUUUU